AUGGUGUGGGAUUCUGUUGCUACUACGUACUUUGAUGGCAGUGAUACCUUGCAAGUAUACGAUCUUCGGCGCCGUGUGACCCGCUUGCGCCAGUCUAGAGGGUCCCUUGAAAAGUAUUAUAAUGAUCUCCAAGGUUCGUGGCGAGAAAUUGAUUUUCGCCAUCCAAAUCCGAUGGAGUGUGCGGCGGAUAUUCAACGGUACAAUACUCUUCUUCAAGAAGAGAGAGUGUAUAUCUUCUUGGAUGGCCUUGAUGACAGACUAGACAAGAUUCGGGCAGAUGUACUCCAAAUGCAUCCGUUUCCCACUAUUGAACAAGCAUACGCACAUGUUCGGAGAGAAGCUAUCCGACAGAGGGUCAUGAUCACCGAUAAUAAUAUUGAAACUCCAAGAGCUGUUUUGGCCUCUAGAGGUGUUAAAACUGAGCAACCUACACCCUCCUCAACGGGUUCUCUGCCUUUAAGCAACGAAAAAUCUGGUACGUCCUCUAAAUCUCAAACAUCUUUUGGUGGAACUAAGUGUUCUCAUUGUGGUAACUUAAAGCAUACCCGGGAGGAUUGCUUCAAGCUACAUGGCUAUCCCGACUGGUGGCAUGAACUCCAAGCUCGGAAACGUCAAGACAAGGCCGAAACUAGUGGUAAGGCUGCAACGGUUACAACAGAAUCUCAACUCUCAUUCAUACCACAGGGAGACGUACACCUCUCGGAUUCAGGUAACAAUCUUCCCAACAAAACUAUUGAUAACAAUGCAUGGAUACUUGACUCAGGGGCUAUUGACCACAUGACCUAUGAUGCUAUUGAUUUUUCAAAGACUUCACCACCAAGACGGACUACAAUUGUUAAUGCCAAUGGGGCUAUCUCUCAAGUCACAGGAGCAGGCGCUGUGACCUUGUCACCUGCAAUAUCCUUGAAGAACACCUUGCUUGUUCCCUCGCUCUCCUAUAAAUUACUAUCUGAUAUUCUCACCAAGGAGAUAAUUGGGCGUGAUAUACAACCUCAUGAUUUUCAGUGUAACACUUGCAUCUUAGCUAAGAGUCAUAGAACUAUCUAUCCCUUAAGUAUGAAUAAAAGUAGAGUUCCAUUUGCUUUGAUUUGCUCGGAUGUGUGGGGGCCAUCCCUAGUAACUACAGUGUCUGGAUUUCGCUGGUUUGUAAUCUUUGUUGAUGAUUGCACUCGCAUGACAUGGUUAUAUCUGCUGAAACAUAAAGAUGAAGUGUUGACUGUAUUUCAAUCUUUCCAUAUGAUGGUGAAGACUCAGUUCACAUCACAGAUCCAGGUACUCAGGUCUGAUAAUGGCGGGGAAUACAUGAAUCAACGGUUCCAAGAUUAUUUCCGGAUUCAUGGAUUACUUCAUGAGACUUCAUGCCCACAGACUCCACAGCAAAAUGGCAUUGCUGAGAGGAAGAACCGAUACAUACUCGAAACUGCUCACGCUCUGUUACUUGGAGCACAUGUACCUAACCGACAUUGGGUUGAUGUUGUUGCUACCGCCAUGCACCUCCUUAACCGAAUGCCAUCACGGGUCUUACAGUUUAAAACACCAUUACAAGUUCUUUCAUCACAUGUCUCCUUGCCAUCAGUUUUGAUGAUUCCACCUUGA